AUGAGCGCGGUUGUUCGGGUUAAGGGCGUUAAUGGAAAUUUCGUACAAUGCCGCGCGCUGUUAGAUACCUGCGCCACGGCGCACUUCGUGACGGAACAGUUUGCUCGCAGCACCGGACUGCCGAUACACCCGUGCUCUAUUUCAGUCGGCGCGAUCGACGAUAUGCACACGACGUCUCACGGCGCGAUCGAAUUGUCCUUCUACUCGAUUCACAAUAAUUUUAAUAAGAAACUUUUAUUUUUAAUAGUUCCGAAAAUCGCGGAAAGAGUUCCAAGCGCGACGUUUCCGCGCGAGACUAUUAAUAUACCUUCGAAUUUGAAACUAGCAGACCCACAAUUUCAUUUACCGCGAUCGGUCGAUAUAAUUAUCGGAUCCGGCGCUACUCUAUCCCUGCUAUCGAUCGGACAGAUCAACCUUUCACAAGAUAAAAGUGAUUUAUUUUUACAAAAGACGCAGCUCGGCUGGGCCGUCGUCGGCGGGGUAGCUUCCCCCGAAGGAGGGGGAAGGGUCUCAUGCAAACUAACGGAACUGAAGGAUCAAAUCGCGAAAUUUUGGUUGUUAGAAGACACGACCGCGAAACAAUUUGGCCUACCGGAGGAAUCCGAAUGCGAACGUCAUUAUGCGCAGAAUCUAACACGCGAUAAUUCCGGGCGCUAUAUCGUACGGCUACCGUUCCGUCUAGCGGAACGAGAAUUCGGAAACUCACGCGCGAUCGCGUUGCGUCGGUUUUACGGGCUUCAGAAGAAGCUCGAUGCCAAUCCGAGACUCAAACGAGAGUACGAGCACAUAAUGAAAGAAUAUAUUGAGUUAGGCCACAUGUCAUUAACUUCAGACGAGGCAGAGGGCGGAUGUUAUCUUCCCCACCACGCAGUCACAAAAGCCACAAGUACCACGACUAAAGUAAGAGUCGUUUUUGACGCAUCGGCGAAAACCAACAGGGGGAUAUCACUGAACGAUACGUUGAUGGUCGGCCCCACGAUUCAGAGUAAAUUGUUUGAACAUCUGAUACGAUUUCGCACGCAUAGAUACGUACUUACUGCCGACAUCGAAAAAAUGUAUCGGCAAAUCUGGAUACAUCCCAACGAUCGACAAUAUCAAAAAACUUUUUGGUAUCACGAAAAUCGCGUCCGCACCUUUCAACUCAAUACCGUUACUUUCGGCAUAUCAUCGGCUCCCUUUUUAGCCAUCCGCACGGUGCAACAACUUGCGAAUGACGAGAGUAAAGACUUUCCCGUCGGCGCGGAGAUUCUGAAACGCGACCUAUACGUUGACGACCUUUUAACAGGCGCGGAUACACUAAAGAAACUCUUGCAAAUUCGCGACGAGACCAUAGAAAUUCUGAAACGCGGCGGUUUCCAUAUUCGACAAUGGGCUUCGACCCAUCCGAAGGCCCUCGAAAACCUAUGCGAACGAACGUUAGACAUAGAAUUCCUCACCAACGAAAAUCCGAUUCUAAAAACGCUAGGUAUUGCAUGGAAUGCGCGUCGCGAUGAAUUACUUUACACGGUUAAACCUAUCAAGAUAAACGAUAGAGUUUCCAAGCGUCACAUUUUAUCCGAAAUAGCCAAAAUCUUUGACCCCCUCGGGCUGCUCGGCCCUAUCAUCCUUGCGUCAAAGGUAUUAAUGCAGGAGUGUUGGAGAACAAAAAUCUCAUGGGACGAAUCCGUACCCAGCGCGUUACAUUCCUCGUGGCUAACAUUCAUAGAACAACUCGAGUUAAUUGAUCAUUUGACCAUUGACCGUCGUCUAAUGAUUGAAAAUUUCACGGAAGUUCAGAUUCAUGGCUUUUGCGACGCGAGUAAAAUCGGUUACGGAGCCUGUUUGUACGUGCGAUCUUGCAACAAACAAGGCGAUACGAUCGUAAGACUCUGUUGCGCCAAGACACGCGUCGCGCCUCUUAAAGACACAACCAUACCGCGACUCGAACUUUGUGGUGCCCUGACCCUCACGCGUUUGUAUCGCGAAGUCUCCACGGUUUUUACUUUUAAACCGAGUAAAGUCGUCUUUUGGACCGACUCCAUGAUCGUCUUACAUUGGCUGCGAAAAUCUCCAAAUAUACUUAAAGUAUUCGAAGCGAAUCGCGUCAAGGAAAUUCAGGACGUUGGGGAUGAAUUAGAGUGGCGGCAUAUUCGAUCGGAAAACAACCCAGCCGACGCGUUAUCGCGAAGUCAACUUCCGCGAGAAUUCUUGAAAAACGAAUCUUGGUUUAACGGUCCAUUAUGGCUCAGACAGUCCGAAGCGACUUGGCCUACGAGUAUUGAAAUUCCCAUUAAGGAAUUACCCGGCUUGAAGAAGGCC